GCGGCGGCGACAGCCAGCCGGCCUCCGAGGCCGAGUACCGCGCUGCCACGCCGUCGGGCAACAACUGCGUCUUCCUCUCCCAAGAAUACCUGAUGUCGGGCAGCCCGCGCACCUACCCCGCCAAGCCACCCAAGUCUCCCGCCGGGGUCGUGGGCAACAACAAGGACUUCCUGCAGGUCGACAACAUCUCCGCCAGCAAGAACAACACCAUCAGCAGCCAGCACCGGCUGACGCCGCAGUCCAACUGCGCCGGGCUGAUGACGGCGAACCCGCAGCUGGCCGUGACACCGGCCAACCCCAUCGUGAUGCCCGUGUUCCCGCUCCGGCCGGCGCCCUCGCCCUACUCGCCCUACUCGCCCUCGCGCCUGCACAUCGACAAGCGCUGCCAGCACCGCUGCUCCUGGAAGCUGUGCAGCAUCGCGCUCAUCCUGCUGUGCGUGGCGCUCACCGCCAUGCUCGCCUACUUCGGCGCGGUGAGCUCGAUGCGGCCCGGGAUGGACGGCUCCAGCUGCAUCCUGGUGGAGGACGCCAAGGCCGUGGCGCAGGACGAGGAGCCGAGAGACGUCACCUCGUCGCAGGCGCCCACGGAAGAGUCGCUGCCCACCAGCACGGCGGUGCACACGGGCGGGCCUGUGCCCAGCAGCGACCCGCAGCAGCCGCCGCAGCAGCCGCAGCAGCAGCAGCAGCAGUGGCCGGCCGUGGUGGAGGUGCGCGAGUUCGGCGUGCCGCACUCCGCCCUCGUGCCGCCCUUCCGCUUCUGGAACUGCGAGUUCCGCAACAAGGAGCCCGCCUUCAUCCGCUUCAACCUGACUCUGCCGUGGGGCGCCAACUUCGCCGUGUACGGUCGCCGCAACGUGGCACCCAGCGUCACGCAGCACGACUUCGUGGAGUUUGUGCGAGGAGGCCGCGUGGACCACCGGCUGCGGCGCGCCGCGGAACUGCCCGCCGUCACCUUCACCGUGCGACGACCGCGGCACGCGGCGCCUCUGCCGUCGUUCGUCGUGCGCGCGGGCCGUCUGGAGCGCAGCCCGCCGCCCGCCAGGAGCCUCGCCAAGAGGUCGACGGGCGUGGUGGCGCCCGGCGCCCCACUCAUGAUGGUCAACGUCACGCUGCUGCAGUAUCUGGACACGGGCCGCUGGUUCCUGUCCAUCUACAACGACGACCUGCGCGCCCAGGAAGUGGCUCUCGUGGUGGCCGAGGCGGAGGGCGUGUCGACUGCUUGUCCCAACGACUGCAGCGGCCAUGGCUCCUGCUACCUCGGCAAGUGCGACUGCAUCGACGGCUACGAGGGCGUCGACUGCUCCAAGAGCGUGUGCCCCGUGCUGUGCUCCAACCACGGCAAGUACGGCGGCGGACUGUGCCACUGCGAGGAGGGCUGGAAGGGCCCAGAGUGCGACAUCCCGCAGCACGACUGCCAGGUGCCCGACUGCUCCCAGCACGGCCAGUGUCUCGCGGGGGUCUGCGCCUGCCGGCCCGGCUGGAAGGGCGCCUUCUGCGAGCAAGUGGACUGCGCGGACCCCGCCUGCUCGGGCCACGGCUCGUGCGUGGCGGGCAAGUGCCACUGCAAGGCCGGCUGGCAGGGAGCCAACUGCAGCUCCGUGGACCAGCAGGUGUACCAGUGCCUGCCCGGUUGCUCCGAGCACGGCAGCUACGACCUGGAGACGGGCGCCUGCGUCUGCGAGAACUACUGGGCGGGGCCCGACUGCUCCCGAGCGCUGUGCAGCCUGGACUGCGGGCAGCACGGCCGCUGCGACAAGGGCAAGUGCGAGUGCCGCGCCGGCUGGACCGGCGACCGCUGCGACCUGCUGCCGUGCGACCCGCGCUGCUCCGAGCACGGCCAGUGCAAGAACGGCACCUGCGUCUGCUCCCAGGGCUGGAACGGGCGCCACUGCACCCUGCCGGGCUGCAAGAGCGCGUGCAACAGACACGGCACCUGCACGCUGGAGGACGGGGAGUACCACUGUGUGUGCAUGGACGGCUGGGCUGGCCACGACUGCAGCAUUCGGCUGGAGAUGGAGUGCAACGACGACAUCGACAAUGACGAGGACGGCAUGGCGGACUGCUCGGACAGCGAGUGCUGCGUGCACCCGUCCUGCUCGGGCCACAUCAUGUGCCUGGCCUCCAACGACCCGGUGGAGGUGCUGCUGAGGAAGCAGCCCCCCUCCGUCACCGCCUCCUUCUACCACCGCGUCAAGUUCCUCAUCGAGGAGAACAGCGUGCAGAGCUACGCCCACAUGGACGAGUACAGCGAGAGUCAGUUCUGGAGUUCAUUUACACAGUGCCGAGUGUCUGUGAUGCGCGGCCAAGUGAUCUCGGCACAAGGGCUUGGCCUUGUGGGCAUCAGGGUCAGCGUGGACCGAGAUGCCCGGUUCGGGUUCACCCUGACUCGCAACGGAGGCUGGUUCGACAUGCUGGUGAACGGAGGCGGAGCGGUGACCCUGCAGUUCCAGCGCAGUCCCUUCAAACAGGCGACCAUCACCGUGUUCGUCCCGUGGAACCAGAUAGUGGUGCUCGCUCCCGUCGUCAUGCAGAUGAAGGACGAGUCAGACUCCUUCCAGGAACACGUCGACUCUCCGUCGGGCAUUACGAUGAAUAUUCCUGGCAGCUCGAUACCAUUCUUCAGCGGAGACAAGCAAAGUCCCUGUUUCGACCAUGACCAUGAGUAUCUCCGACCAGUCAUCAUGUCCACUUGGAUGCCAGAGAAAGUGGGUGGCAUUCCUGGGAAAAGCCUGGUUUUUGCUGAGACACAGAUACUGCAGGAGAGCAUACAGAUCCCCGGCUCGUCGCUGCACCUCAUGUACCAGAGCAGCCAGGCGCCCGGCUACCUGUCGACCGUGCUGAUGCGGCUGACGCCCGCCGCCGUGCCCUCCACGCUCACGCACGUGCACGUCCGUGUCGAGAUAGAGGGCUCCGUGCACGCACGCACCUACGAGGCUGACCCCCUCCUCACGCACACCUUCGCCUGGAACAAGCGCAAUGUCUACAAGCAGAAGGUGUAUGGAGUGGCUCAGGCCAAGAUAUCCGUAGGCUACGAGUACUCCAGCUGCCCGGCAGUGGUGUGGGAGACUCAGACGGCGAUGCUGCAAGGAUUUGAUGUCGACAUAUCUGAUGUUGGUGGUUGGAGCCUCGACAUCCAUCAUCACUAUAACUUCCUUGAAGGGAUCCUGCAGAAAGGGGACGGCACGACGCUGCACUUCAAGCAGUACCCGCGCACGGUGAAGGUGGUGAUGGGCACGGGCCUGCAGCGCACGCUGCUCUGCGCCGACUGCAACGGCUCGGCCAAGGACGGCCGGCUGCUGACGCCCGUGGCGCUCGCCGGCGGGCCGGACGGCAGCAUCUACGUGGGGGACUUCAACCUGGUGCGGCGCAUCACGCCCGAGGGCAGUGUCUACACAGUGCUGCAGCUCAGCACGACGCAGGUGUCGUACCAGUACCACCUGUGCGUGUCGCCGGCCGACGGACACCUGUACAUCUCCAACGCGGAGAAGCACCAGGUGCUGCGGGCGCUGUCCUUGGAGCAGGUGCAGGAGCCGGCCAUCAACUACGAGCCGGUGGUGGGCUCCGGGGAGCGCUGCAUCCCGGGCGACGAGACGCACUGCGGCGACGAGGGACCCGCCCGUGACGCCAAGCUCUCCCACCCCAAAGGUCUGGCCAUAGCAGCAGACAACACCAUGUACAUCGCUGAUGGCACAAACAUCCGUGCAGUUGAUCCUCAAGGAAUGAUCCACACUCUGGUCGGUCAUCACGGACACCACAACCACUGGACGCCAAUCCCGUGCCAAGGAGCCAUUCCUGCUCAGCAGGCCCAGCUCCAGUGGCCGACCGGGCUCUCCCUGAGCCCGCUGGACGGCAGCCUGCACUUCGUCGACGACCGGCUGGUGCUCAAGCUGACGGACGACCUCAAGGUGAAGGUGGUGGCCGGCACCCCCCUCCACUGCCACGCGGCCGCCCCCGACCCUCACUCGCACGCCGCGCAGGGCACGGCCGGCGGAGAGGGCGUGCAGGGCGACGCGCAGAGUUUCAACGAAGGGGAAGAAGGUUCUUCUGCGACAUCCACAGUCCUGGGCUCAGUUCUUGCCCUGGCAUUCAGCCCCACCGGCGACUUGUUCAUUGCUGAAAGUGACUCUCGCAAAGUGAAUGUCAUCCGCAUAGUGGACUCGGCUGGCAGGAUCUCUGAUUUUGCAGGCAGGCAACUGGAAAAGACCUUAAAGGUGCAGAGCUGCAGCUGCGGCAACGCGUCGCUGGCGGCGGCGGCGUGCCACUGCGCGCCGGCCGGGGAGGAGGGCGGCGGCGACCGCGGCUCCAAGGAGACCAUGCUGUCGUCCAACGCGCAGUUCUCGUCUAUCUCGGCGCUGGCCGUGUCCCCGGACGGCGUGCUGCACGUGGCGGACCAGGGCAGCCUCCACAUCCUGGCGCUGCAGCACUACCUGCCCGCGCACGACGAGAACGGCGAGUACAGAAUACCAUACCCUCCAACCAGAGAAAUUUAUAUUUUCAAUCGCUAUGGUCAACACAUUGCAACCAAAGAUCUUACAUCAGGAAAAACACGCUACUCAUUUCUCUACAGCAAGAAUACCAGCUUUGGUAAGCUGUCCACGGUUACGGACAGCUCUGGAAAUAAGAUAUUGUUUCUCAGGGACUACAGUAAUGUGGUGAGUACUAUUGAAAACACUCAAGACCACAAAUCAGAUCUGAAAAUAUCUGGUGUUGGCUCUUUGGUGAAGUUCUCUGAGAAGGGGAAAACUGAAAUAGAACUGGACUACGACAGCAGCUCAGGACUUCUGACCAGUCGGUCCGACUCUCGGGGCGGUGGGGGCGGGGAGACGUUCAUGUACCACUACGGGGACAGCGGGCGUCUGACGGGCGUGGUGCUGCCGACGGGAGAGACCAUGGGCCUGGGCUCGGGGCUCACGCCCGAGGACGGCCUGGCGGUGCGGGUGUCGGCGCCGGUGCAAGCGCUCGCCGACCCCCGGCUCAGGCAGCACGAGCUCCUGCUGGAGAUGGAGGGCCACGGCGCCAGGAGGCUGCUGGUCCGCGAGGGCGCCGGGGCGGCCAGCGAGGCAGCGGUGUUCAGCAACGGCUCGCUGGCGGUGCGCGCGGGCUGGGGCGGCGCGCUGCGCUGCGCGGCGCUCGCGCGGCACCCGCUGCUGGAGCUGUCGCUGCCCGUCGAGGCGGAGAUGCUGCCCAUGUGGAGCCACCAGACCUUGACGCUGGGCGACGGGCUGGCCAACACCAUGCGCUGGACGUACGGGCUGGUGGGCGACGUGCGCGCCUCGCAGCAGACCCUGCACCAGGAGCUGUGGGUAAACCAGUCUCGAGUCCUAAGCAUUGAAUUCGAUCAAGCCAACGGGCGGGAGACAUUCUACGACCGGGACAAACAGCUCUUGUUCGCUGUAAACUUUGACCAGGCAGGUCUGCCUCUGUCCUGGGUUCCAUCUGGUGGGUCGGUCCCAGUGAACAUCACGUAUGACAGGUUCAACAGAGUGGACGGAUGGAAAUGGGGUUCACAGAGCGAGAAGUACAGCUACGAGAGUCAUGGCCUGUUGUCGGAGAUAAUCUCGCCUCUGGACGGCACCACCAAGUUCACUUACAACGAACUGAACAUGCUGUCCAACAUCACGCUCCCCAGCGAGCGGAUGUUCAGCCUUCACUACGACGACGAUGGUGGGCUGCGCCACGUCACCCUCCCGAGUGGCACGCGUCAUUCCUUCGCCUGCCAGCCCUCGCUGGGCUUCUUGCGCGUCACGUACACCGCGCCCGGCAGUGCCCGUGCCUACGUGCAGCAUUACGCCCACUCCGGGGCCCUGCUGCAGACUGUGUUCCCCGUGGAUGGUGCACGGGUGGUGUACCGCUACCAUGUCUCUGGCCAGCUGGCGGAGGUGCUACACGGGGAUGGCCGCAGUCAGCUCAACUACUCGCCUGCAACCGGCUUCCCCAGCGAGGUGCUCCACUCGGAGCAUGACUUUGAGUACCGCUGGGACUACCAGUACUCGGCGGGGCUGCUGGUGGAGGAGAGGCUGGACUUCGGAGCCAAGACAGGCCUGAGCAACGCCAAGUUCACGUACGAGUACGACGCCAACUUCCGGCCGGUGGCCGUGCAGGGCCGCGUCGGGGGCCAGAGUCUGCCCGAGCACGCCCUGGGCUACGACCCCCGCACCGGCGCCCCACAGCAGAUCGGCCAGUUCAAGGUAUCACACUCAAAAAACAAUGAAACCUCAGUAUUUGAUGGAACAGCAAUAUUUUCUCGAAUUGCUAAUGCCCAUUUCCAAGAUGUUCACGUUGCUGUUACAAUACAUAGAAUGGAAGUAUUUCGCAUGGAGUUCACAUACGACUCUUGCAGCCGAAUCAGCCAGACCAGAACAUACACCCGGAACGUCGGAGUGAACACGUACACCAACGUGAAGAACUACACGUGGGAUUCAGACGGGCAGCUGUCAGGCGUGGAGGCCCAGGAGCCGUGGGGGUUCCGCUACGACGCCAACGGCAACAUGCUCUCCCUCACGUACAGAGGCAACACCAUUCCCAUGGAAUACAACGCCAUGGAUCGCAUUGUGAAGUUUGGAGAAGGGCUUUAUCGAUAUGACAAUCGUGGACUGGUGGUGCAGAACGCUCGCGAAGAGAGAUUUCAUUACAAUGCCAAAGGACUACUGGUUCGCGCCACCAAACGAGGGCGAUUUGACGUGCGCUACUACUACGAUCAUUUAGACAGGUUGGCUACUAGAAAAGACAAUUAUGGGAACGUGACUCAGUUCUUCUACACAAAUCAUCAACGGCCAAAUGAGGUGAGCCAGAUAUACAGCCCUCGUGACGGCAAGCUCAUGUCGCUGGUGUACGACGAUCGUGGCCACCUGGUAUUCGCACAAGUGUACAGGCACAAGUACUACGUGGCAACCGACCAGUGCGGGACGCCCAUCAUGGUCUUCAACCAGUACGGCGAGGGCAUUCGAGAGAUCAUGCGGUCACCGUACGGCCACAUCGUCUACGACUCCAACCCCUACCUCUACUUGCCAGUUGACUUCUGUGGAGGGCUGCUUGACCAAGUGACAUCAUUAGUGCACAUGCCUAAUGGCAAAGUAUACGACCCUCUGAUUGGUCAGUGGAUGUCCCCCAUGUGGGAGGGUGUCUUGGACAGAGUUGCCAAUCCUUCUCAUCUUCACUUAUACAGAUUCAAUGGAAAUGAUCCCAUAAACGUGAGACGCAACCCACAACACCUGACAGACCAUCUGAGCUGGCUGUCGCUGCUGGGUUACGACUUGCGAAGCCUCGCACCGCAGCUGUUCUCGGAACUGUUGCCGGGAGGUGGGCUGCCUCCUCACGUGGGGUUCGCUGGCCUGACGGGCUCCCUCUCCGGCAAUCCUGCGGGAGGCUCUUCUCUCGCCGCCGCCAUGCCGGAGCCCAUGACCUCUCGGUCGUCCGUGCAGCUGCAGCGCAAGACGUCCAUCUCCGCGUUCAGCAUCGCGUCGGGCUUCCUGGCUCACUUGAAGGAGCGCCGGCUCGGAGACGCCACCACUCUGUCCUCCCCGCCUCGCUCAGCCGUCAAGAGGGAUUCCUGGCCACCCCGCGACUUCCCGGCCGUCAACCCCGCCUCCGUCUUCCCGUUCAGGCGGCUCGGUGCCGCCUGCGACCCGCCCUUCGGGAGGGGCAUCUUGGUCUCCCGCACGUCGGAGGGCCGCGCCAUCGUCAACAGCGUCCCCGGUGCCAACGCCAUCUACCGAGACGUGUUCACCUCCGUGUUCAACCAGUCGUACCUGCUCCCGUUCACGUUCUUCCACAACGCCCAGCAAGACGUGUUCUACUUCGUGAAGGAGGACACCUGGCGAGCGGCCGAGGACCGUCAGCAGCUGAAGCGUCUGGGAGGGCAGGUGAACACCACGUUCCACGAGAAGGAGGCGGGCUCGUCCGAGGUGAGCAGCGGCGUCACCAAGGUGGUGGACCUGAAGAUCCACGGCGUGAGCGCGGUCGUGAACCUCCGCUACGGCACGAGCCCGGACAAGGAGAAGCAGAGGUUGCUGCACCACGCCAAGCUGUUUGCGGUCCGCAAGGCCUGGCACAGAGAGAAGGAAGCGCUCAGAAAUGGUUUCGCGGGGGCGGUCGACUGGUCGGCCACGGAAAUGGAAGAAAUAAUGAAAGUAGGCUAUGCUGCAAACUAUGAUGGUGAGUAUGUGCACGAUGUGCAGCGUUAUCCGGAACUGGCAGAAGAUCCUUUCAACAUCAGGUUCAUCAAAAAGCUUGCGAACACUUCCGGUGACUCUGCUAAAAGGCGCAGGAAAAAGAGAGGCACUACAAAUGAUGAUGAUAAAAAAGAACGUGAUAAAAUAACCUUCACAUCGAUGUUUCGAAGUCUAAACAAAUUUCCUGCUAGAUCUGUAAAAGCAAUGUUAGGUCAGGAUGAAUUGAAAAAUUUGAGGCCACUUAGGAGUUGCACAAGUAACAAACGUUGGUGGUUGUUGUGGAUGCAUCAGGAUCAACUAUGCUAAAAUAUUUACUGCGACUGCAAAUAUUUUCAGUUAUCUGAAGAAAAUGCACACAUUUAAUAACUAUUUCAGCUUAAACUGAUGGUAUAGUUUUUGAAUAUUUCACAAAGUAUUGACCAAGUUAAGACUGACUUUAUACAUGAUCAACCAAAUCAGUGAUGUAAAGACUGCAUAAUUGAAGAUAUCUGACUCAAAAUCAAUAAAUUUGCUAUUAUACUUUUUCAGCUAUUGUAUAACCAAAAACAAUGGAUGAAAAUUAAAUAAAGUACUGACCUUGGUAGGACUUUCAAGCUUGAAGAAAAUACAUGCUAUGAAAUCUGUGUAGCAGUUUUAUACCAAAGUGAAUUUAUAUAUUCCAAAGAUGCCAAACACAUGUGAGACUAAAUAAAUUCUGGUCAGUGUGCCAAAUGUUUUGUGCACAUAACGAAAAAACUUAUGACAUUCAAGGUGUGAUUUGUUCUGGGAAUUAUUUGUACAUAUAUUUAUGUUAAAAAAUGAGUGUAAAUCCCAGAAAGAAUCAUUUAAGCAACAAAUUUUGUAAAUGCAUGGGGUAACAUCAUUGUCAUGAAAGAUGCAUAUUUUUGUGUUUGAUAUUCCGACCGAAAAGUUCAAUUGCGUGUCCAGUUAAAAAAAAAGGAAACACAUUUGCAGUGUGUACACGAGAAGUGUGUGUCAAUAUUAUAUUUAUAUAUUUUUUAUGAAGUAAAGAAAUGGGAGAAGACAGACUAACACAGUUUUAAACAUUUAAUUAAUUUUGUUGUUGUGUUCACUUAAAUCUGGUGUUAAGAUGUUGUAAAAUGAUGUUUAUUAUAAUGAAAAAAAAAGUCGCCUAAGUUGUGUAAAUGUGCCGACAUUGUCCACAGAAUAAACCAAAGGAAGUAAAUUGUAGCCUGCCAACGUUCACAAAGCUGCUAACAUUUAAUGGUUUUGUCUUAAGUAGACGUAAACAUGUUUGUUGUUUGCAGCUACAAUACUGAUGUUUCAUUUGUAACAUGUAAUAUCUUGUCUGGAAAUUUGGAAAACUUAUUUGAAACAGGCCUAUGUAAAAAUUGUUAUAUUUUAGCUCAGAAUGUAUUUGGGUUAUUUAAAAAAACAUGGAUUCUGUUUUAUUGAUGUAGUUGGAUAAGAUAUUAAAAGCACUUGCGUGUGAUGUUUUAAAGUAUCUGUGGAACAAUGUAAUGCCCGUAUGUGUAUCUAAUUGCAUAUGUGUGUAUAAUGCAUUAGUUUCCUUAAUUUUUAACUUUUUUUAUGAAACAAUUUUUGGUCCAAGAGUUGAGCUUCAAUGAUGAAAAGUAUAUUCGCUUUGUGUAUGCUUCCUUGCCCGCUUCUUAAUUAUAACUUGUGGGAAAAAAUGAAAUGAACGUAUUAACUAACCUCUGCCUUACACAAACAUAACUGAUUUGAUUGAAUCUCGUAAUUUGACUUCUGUGAAGUAAAAAAUAUUAUUCUUGAACUUCAUUGUUGCUAUGAAUUUAAAAUUAUCCAAUAAACACUGACUGUAUAGAACCUUUCAGAGCAUUUACUGUGGCACAUCAGUUUUGAGACGUUUUCGUGCCAACAUCAUCAAGAUAGUGUCCAAUUUUGGAAUGUUGUAUCUAUGGUAUAUCUGCUUAAGAAUUCAAAAGACAAAUAGGUAUCUGUUGAUGUUUUCAUCUACUUGAUUACUAAACAAAAUUUCUCAAAUACUAUUACAGUACAAAAUACUAUCAAUGAUAAACAUGGAAUUAUGAAUAAGUCCAGUUGAAUUACAGUGAAACAUUACACAUUUAUUUCUUCUCCUAAAAUGUAAUUAUUGUAUGAGGUGAAUUACUUAAGUUCUCUUAGAAAAACAUCUUUCAUAUCAGUAAAUAUUGGGUUUUAUUGAUCUAUUUACUUACACAAAACUGCUGUGCUAUACUAAUAAAAGCCAUAAUUUGCAGUGUAGAGUCAUAAGUAGGGGUAAAAAAGUAGUAUAUUUUGAUGUUGAAUCAAGUCAAGUAGUUCAAAAUCAGUGUGGUAUUUUCGAUGAGAAUAGUCAGAUUAAGUAUAUUUUUUCUUUGCAUUUUGCUAUCACACUCAAAUAACAGCAAAUAUUGGUACAACAGUAGAUACCGUACAUGUCUCACAAGGGUUUUUACAUCACACCAAUUGCAAAGUAGUCUACAUUGCCCAUGUACAGGAUUAGAGUUUGUAAAUCCUACGAGUUACAUCUUUAAAACCUUAAACUUUGACACCUACACUAUUAUUAUAUAUUUAUUUAUUUUUAAAUGUUCAAGUUUGUCAUAUUGCUGUACCAUGAUACUACACUCUAUACACCUAGUAAGAGAACAUUUAGAGUUUAUGUACUCUAAUACAAAGCUCAUGCACCAUGCAUCAAGCAGUAGUGCCAAAACAUUUAACUUCCCAAAUGUGUAUCAGGCCAUUUACUGUAACUAAGGUACUUCAUCCUAAUUUAUUUGUCACUCACAAUUAAUUUUUUCACUUCAUGUGCACCAUUAUUUUCAGAUAGGUGGAUGAUAAAAAAACAGAAGUGAAUUUCACAUUUUGUUGCUUUUUAAUAUGCAAAGUAUAAAAAUGUUAAUGUGGAAAACAAUAUUUAUAAAUCAUUUUAAGAAACAUUUACUACAGGUACUAAUUCUACUAAAUCUUGAGUAUAGCGCUCACAAAGUAGGUUAACUUUAGUGUCCUCAGUAAAAACAAACAAAAUUAUGGCAACAAUAUGAUAAAUGACAGAAAAUAUGUCUAAACACUAAUGAAAAUCAUUAUUACAGUAUAAGAAGCUGUAAAAACAGUCAACUGUCACUAACACAUUUAAUAUUUGAUCAUCUUAAUUUUUUAUUAUAACGAAAUGGAAGGACAUAUGUUUGCAUGCUUAUUUUCUUAGUCUGCAACAAAGAUGUCAACUAAGUUUUUUUUACUGAAUUGCAUUGUACAAGCUUCACAAUUAACAGAUCACACUAGGCUUGUAUCAGUGAGGUUUCACUUGCCUUCUAUUGUUUUCCUAGAACAAAAAAUAAAAUACUCAAAAUUUUUAUGCAUUAAAUUUGGCCCAAGUUGAGUACUUAAAGUUCAACUUGACUUUACUUUAAUUUGUAAGUACUCGUUCACCCUAGUCGUAAGAUAAUUUUUCUGGAAAUUAUUUGUACAUGUAUUUAUGUUAAAAUAUGAAUGCAAACCCCAUAAAGAAUCAUUAAAGCAAUAAAUUUUGUAGAGGGUUUUUAUAUCCUUACACUAAACUAUUACAAUCUUUUUUGACAUUUUAAAUUAAUAAGUUGCCACUUAUUUAACUAUGAUAACUGUUGGUUAACUAUUGGUUGACUUUAAAGAGCACUUUGAUUCCAGGACUUAAUAUCAGUUUAAAUGAUUCAAUAGAACAUCCCAAACACAAUCACCCACAAUCAUUUUGUGGGUUUCAUUUUAAUUGUGUAAUCACCUAAUCACUAAUCAGCGGCACAAGAUGCACAGAAGCAAGCUCGGACACUUUGCUGCUAGGCACACGUGUUUAAUUAUACCAGGUGUGCACAUUGUCUGCGCUGUCUGUUGGAUCUUGUCUCAUACAGUGUACUCACUCAUGCUCAUGCUGCUGUGCAUUAUUUAUUAGUGAAAUAAGACAUCUACUUUUUAAAUAUUUGUGUUUCAUUACUUAACUGUUUUCCCAGGCAGUGAAACACUGUUAAGCCAUUUUGUAAUGUUUGUGACAAUUUAUAAGUUAACUAGGACACACAACUGCACUUCUAAGAUAUCAUUUUAAACAAAACAAUCCUACAUAUUAAAACUCUUGUUUCGUCGUGUAAUAAUUUUUAAAUUUUGAAGCUCAGAAACAGGACUUGUAUUGAACACUAUUAGAAAAGGUACGGAAGCUGUCUAUUUUUUGCCACCUCAAAAAUCAUUUCAAUCCUCAUUCAUACUUUGCAUAUCAUUUCAAUACGAACAUGUCUACCUAAAAAAAUAUUAAUGUUUCAUUAAUAAACUAAGUCUUAUUUUCGUGUAAACAUCUAGUGCUGAUUGUAGGCCGAGUCAUGAUCAGGUUUUCCAUGAUUUAAAUGGUCAUUAUCACCAAGUUGGUUAUGAUUUUACUCAGAUCAUGUCACCUAUUAAAUAGUUGUCUUUAUAAGAAUGUCUAACGAUUUGUGCAAGACUCUCAUGAAAAAUAAUUUUGCACAAAAGAUAAAAUUAACACUUUUUAUGCAAUUUCCACAUUGGAUAUAAAUGGUUUAAUAUUAAACAAAACAUUUACUUACAAAUUCUGCCAGCAAAAUAUAACGCUUUCUUGACUUGAUGGGUUACUCAAACUCAGAACUUAAAAACACCUUGUUUAACUGUUAUAAGUUUUAACAGUAAUGUGAUAUUCUGUUACAAUAUGAAUAUGAUGUCAGUAGAGGCUUAAUAGACUAAAGAAGAUUUAAUGAUGUUGGUAUUUCAAGAUUUUGGUGAUUAGUAGCACUAAUCACUCUGCAAAUUAAAAGUUUCAAUUCAUAUUUUUGUACUUUUAACACUUUUAAAAACCUAACUUGUACCUUAUGAGUUGUGUGUUAAGACAAAAAAAUUACAUACUUCUAUAAAGUACCAAACUUAUAACUCUACUGUGACAAGUUACAAGAGAUAUUUAUCAUUCAUACAAUCAAACACUAACAAUCUAAACAAACAGUUUUAGCUUACAAAUAUUUCAUUCAAACUGAAUUCAACUGUACUAUUUUAAUUCCAAAGUUAUCACCUUACUUUGAUCAGAAAUGAAGUAUUUUGUACCGAUAGCACCAUUAUGCUAUUAAAGAGUUUACUUACUUUCAUUAAAUGAAAAAAAAAAUUUAGUGGGAGAAAAUAUUAAUGCAACUUUGGGUAGUUCCAAUAUGUAUGUCUUAGAAAUGUAUUGAAAUAAUACUAAACCAUAAUUGAAAAUCCACUCAUCCAUAAAAUUAAAUUAGACCCAUAGAGUUAUUAUUCCAAACUGCAGUCCAGAAACAUUUUAAACAGGGAAUGUGCUUUUUUAAGAGUAAAGGGAACUGUUGAUAACAGAAGUAAAUAUUUUUAAAUGGAAACAAUAAUAGAAAUAAAAUAUUUAAAUGAUAGUUAACUCACUGAAAUGGAAGUAAGUGUCAACUGAAUGCAAUGUUAUCCGUUUUACACAUCUACAUUGUAAUAUUAUAUGUACUUGUGUAAUUACUUAUAAUAUUUUAUAAGAAAUAUCUUUUUUUUUCAAUGGUUGUAAAUAAAGCAAAGCUGUGAAUGUUUGCUUCUUUGUUUACUCACUGACAUCAAACCAGUCUUUUACUUUGAAAAAUUCCUGUCACCAAAAUUUAUUACAAGUUUGUAAUGUUAUAAAUAAAUAAGCCUUAAAAAUUUUAUGUGCCAUUGUCGUUCAAUAUUGUCUAUUCAUCAAACAUUAUUUUCAUCUCUUAGUCAUAAACCAGUAAAAUGUAUUGUCUAUGUCAAGAACUAAUUCAGUCCAAACAGGUGAAAACAGUUUAUAGUUUUACCAAAUCAUUCUGACAUGUCGCAUACUAUUGAAGGAUUUGUCCAUACCAUGUCACUCAUAAUAAAUGGUGUUUAAUGAAAUAAAUAAUUUGUUUCAUA